AUGGCGCGCAGACAUACACCUCCAGAAAUAGAUCUAGCUCACUUCGAGCGACCCUCCACAUACUGUGUGUUAGAUGCUAUCAGCCAACAGCUUAUACGAGAGCUUUCUAGUUCUCACACCGAUGUUUCUUCAAUAACAUCAAAGGAUUUGUCUGUUUUCUUGGGUUCUUUGAUGAAGUUUCAAAACCAGCAUCUUGGCAUCGGAGUUUCUCAGAAACUGUCUCGCUACCCAGUCAAAAUACCAAUAAAAUUGCUAAAGAUCGAACCCGCUCCGACACCGACAUCACCAGUAUAUCACGUACUGGCUGCUGCUUACAAGUACAAAGCCAUACACGAAAUACGACGGUGGGAUUGGCAACGAAUCGAUAAAAUAGCAGAAGUAAUUACUUAUAUUAGACAAGAACUUAUCAGGCGAGGAGUAUUGAAAAACCCUAUAAUUAUGCUUGCGGACAAUAUUAAUGUUGAUAAAAAAGCAGAUCUGGUGGGAAUAAUUAGUAGGAUGGGAGGCAGAGUAACAAACUCGAUCGACGAAGCAACCCAUAUAGUACACUCGUAUACUACUACUGACACCGAAGAAGCAGACGAUGAAUGGUUCCGAACGCUCGAGAAAAGAAACGGCCAAGUCUUUGUUCAUUGGUGGUACUACCCUGAUUCGUAUGAUCAAUGGAUACCUGAAACAGACGACCAGGCUGAUCCCGAGCCAGCCCCCGAUCACACUGGACCUUGGAACAUCAGCGCUCGAUGGCUGCGCGACAGCGAAGCUUUCAACGAAUGGAUGAACGAAGAAGAUUACGAAAUUGAUGGAAACGAUAGAAGAUUAUCUGCUGGCGAAGAUCAGACAGCAGCAACAACAACGACGACGACCUUUUUGGAUACGGGUUCGCUAUACAAACGCAGCCACGAUUCAUAUGCUGAUCAGACGACAUCUGAGAUGGACGUUGAUAUUCAAACGGGAAAUCCGGUUGUGAAACGAGCACGGAAAAAGUCGCCAGAGCCUGACGCGGUGCCCACACACAAAAGUAUUAAACUUGUAAAUAUAGAAGAAAGCGCCCCUAAAGUUGGCGUACGCGGACGAAAGAACGAGUUCGAGCCGAUACCUGGUGGAGACAUUUCCAAUAUAAGUCAAGAGAUUCCUGGAAAUAUUUCAAAAUUGAGUCAGGAGAAGCAGGACAAUGACAAUUCUGAGGUUGAUAACUUGGUUAACAAUUUGAAUGAAGCUCAUUUGGCUCCCGAUAAUAAUGCAAAUGUGAUGGACAUUGAUCAUUCGGAGCUUGACCAAGCCGAUCUCACAACUUCUGGCUUAACUCCGCAGAAUUCUACUUCCGCCAUCAGCAAAGAAUCCGAAGAUCCAGACUCUGCCGCGGAACCCACUUCCGACUCCAAAGCAAUGGACGACUCUGGUGCAGCUUCUACACCACAACCUGAUAGUGCCAACACUGAAUCCAGCAUGGCUAAUGCAGAAGCUGAAAAGAGACGUCUUGAGGAAGAGGCAAGAAAGUACCUGUCUCAGCAGACGCAAGAGGUUAUUAUACCCUCGUAUGCGGCGUGGUUUGAUAUGGCGCGAAUACACGAGAUUGAAAAGAGAUCGUUGCCAGAAUUCUUUAAUAGUAAAAAUAAGUCAAAGACACCGAGCGUUUACAAGGAAUAUAGAGAUUUCAUUAUCAAUACGUAUCGUUUGAAUCCGAGCGAGUACUUGACUGUCACGGCGUGUAGAAGGAAUCUAGCUGGAGAUGUUUGCGCCAUUAUCAGAGUGCAUGCAUUCUUGGAACAAUGGGGUUUGAUUAACUAUCAGGUAUUUCAGCAACAAUUUUUGAGUUUUCGUCUUGAAUUUAUUAUCCACUUCUUUUUGUCUCUUUCAUGCUACUUUUAUUCACGAAACUUUAUACUCAAUAUCGCCAACCAGAUCGAUCCAGAAACCCGUCCAUCGACAAUUGGACCAGCUUUUACCGGUCACUUCCGCGUGAGUGCUGAUACACCACGGGGUCUACAACCGUUCCAACCUGUAAUACCAUCAAUGGUUGGCUCAAGCUCUCAGCAGGCUGCCGUCCCUGGUCCUUCUUCAGUCUCUCGUCUUGUUCCAAACCCAGCCGCUAUGCCACUGCCUACAAAGGUAGAUCUAAACUUGGGUCUCAGAGAAAACAUAUAUUCAACUGUAGAAACGCCAAGCGAAACGCGACCAUCGGAAAAAGCUCCAGCAGGAACCGGCGCAGUCGAAGGUGCAAAACACUACAAUUGCUUCACAUGCGGAGUAGAUUGUACACGUGUCAGGUACCAUAAUCUUAAAAGCAAAAACUUUGAAUUGUGUCCCAAUUGUUAUCUCGACGGCCGAUUUCCCUCUGACAUGUUUUCGGGCGAUUUUGUAAAGAUGGAUGAAGCCGUAUUCAAACACGCCCAAGAUGAGGAGUGGAGCGAACAAGAGACUCUCUUGCUUUUAGAAGGAGUGGAAAUGCAUGACGAUGAUUGGAACAAAAUAGCUGAUCAUGUUGGAACUCGCACACGUGAACAAUGUAUUUUGCACUUUUUACAAUUACCGAUAGAGGAGCCUUAUUUGGGCACUUCGAUGGCAGAUCUAGGAGCAUUGAAUUAUCAGAGAAUUCCUUUCAGUCAGGCGGACAAUCCAAUAAUGUCUGUAGUAGCUUUUUUGGCGUCAGUAGUGAAUCCAGGAGUGGCUGCUGCUGCAGCGCAGUCGUCUUUGAAAGAAUUAGCGGCCGCACUAAAGCGCGACAAGGAUAAGAGAGAGACUAAUGGAAUUAAUGGGUCCGAUAAUCAAGAAAAUGCCAUGGAUGUCGACCAACCGUCAACCUCUACCGCCGACGUAGAUCCGUCGUCACAAGAAGCAUCGUCCGACUCUCAAUCUACAAUCGCUCGUUCGACUCUAGAAAAAGCUGGCGCCGCAGCCCUUGGUUCAGCCGCAGCCAAAGCAAAACAGCUAGCCGAUUACGAGGAGCGCGAGAUACAACGUUUGGUAAACACGGUGAUCGAUGCACAGCUAAGAAAACUCGAAUUGAAGCUAUCACAAUUUGAAGAACUCGAGGCUCUUCUCGAUGCAGAGCGGAAAGAAAUAGAAAAACAACGACAGCAGCUCUUUAACGAUCGAUUGCUGCUUCGCAAGAAUGUCCUGCAAAUACAAGAUCAAUUAAAGCAUUCUGGAAUUAACCCUGCUGUAGGACACAGUUAUGCUUCGAGCUCGGGAGCGAGAAUUAUAAGUAGCGUCGAAUAUGCCGCGGCUCAACAAGCGGCCAGUAGCAUACAGGAUGCAAGCAUGCCGUAUGGAAAUGUUCCGGGAACAUCUGGUUCAGUAGGAGGAGAUAACCUCCAACUGUAA